AUGACAAGGUCGCACCGUCUGCACGACAAGCUGCCCUGCGCGCAGUCAGCGGCGGCGGACAAUGCCUCUCGGACACGGCGGUGCAGUCGCUGUGCGGGGGAGAGCGCCGGCUCACCGGAGGGAGGCGCCCUGCUCUGCCUCUCGUACGACUCGCUCAUCGAGCUGGUGGAGCACCUGAAGGCGUGCCAGGAGAUCGCCAGCACGCGCACAGUGAACUGGCAGCGGUUCUGCGGCCGGAGCGAGGUGCUGGCCUUCCUGCUGCAGGCCAGCUACCAGCUGGACGAGGGCGUGGCGCCCAUCAUCCUGCAGCUGCUGCAGCUGGCCGUGUCGGCGCCGGCCGCGGCCGCCGCCGGCGCCGGCGGGAAGCACGCUCAGUCGUCGAGCGACUCGGACCCGUCUUCGAUGAGCCGCCAGCUGGCGCGUCAGCUGAUCGGGCCGGGGCCGCUGCCGGCCGGCACGGCUCGCUUCGUGCGCACCUUCCUGCUCGAGAGCAACGCCACCGCCAUCCGCUGGCAGGCGCACGCGCUCGUGCUGAGCAUCUACAGGAGCGCCACCUCGGGCCCGACAAGGAGGCGCUGGUCGAAGCUGAUGUGGAAGCUGUGGGCCGCUGCUUGCCCCUCGUACGGACGCAAGGGCCGUCCCAGUUUCGUCGACCUGCUCGGCUUCAUGUCACUGAAGACCACCGAGGCCGAGGAUAAGGUGCGGCGUCGCGACCGGCCAGCUCUGUGA